CUGCAUUUGGCUUCUUAAGUCUGAACUUGCCUCUACCAUUUUAUAUUAUUGCGAAGUCUGAACUUGGCUCACCAUUUUCUAUUAUUGCUGAGGAAAGUCCUUCAAACAGAAUUCUGCCAGACUCUCACUUGUUAAGAAUCUAACAUGGACAGAACGGGCAAAGAUAAGGCUAUUGGCAUUGAUCUGGGGACAACGUACAGCUGUGUGGGAGUGUGGCAGCAUGACAGAGUUGAAAUUAUUGCUAAUGACCAAGGAAACAGAACAACUCCCUCCAUGGUUGCUUUCACCCCCAAUGAGAGACUCGUUGGAGAUGCUGCCAGGUUCCAGAUUUCAACUAAUCCUACCAACACUGUGUUUGAUGUCAAGAGACUCAUUGGAAGAAGAUAUAGUGAUCCCUGUGUUCAGUCUGACAAACAAUUGUGGCCAUUCACUAUCGUUCCCGGUAAGAAUAACAAACCUAUAGUUGAAGUGGCUUAUAAAGGUGAGAAAAGGCUAUUUGCGGCUGAGGAAAUCUCAUCCAUGGUGUUGAUGAAAAUGAAGGUGAUAGCCGAGCAAUACCUCCAGUGUGAUGUAAAGAAUGCUGUCAUUACCGUGCCUGCUUAUUUUAAUGAUUCGCAGAAGCGAGCAACUAAAGAUGCCGGUAAAAUUGCAGGGCUUAAUGUGAUGCGGAUCAUCAAUGAACCCACGGCUGCAGCAAUAACUUAUGGCUUUGAUGCAUUGGAGGAAGGGACCAGAAACAUUCUAGUUUUUGAUCUUGGAGGAGGUACCUUUGACGUAUCUAUUGUUACAGUUGAAAGAGGUAAAGUUCAAGUAAAAGCUGUUGGAGGGGACAUGCAUUUGGGAGGUGGGGAUUUUGACAAUAGGAUGCUCAAUUAUUGUGUCCAGAUGUUCAACAAAAAAUAUAAAAUUGAUAUGCGUACAAGUCCCAAAGCUCUUCGGAGGUUACGCUCAGAGUGCGAGAGGGCAAAAAGAAGUUUGUCUUCGGCAGUAGAGACUGUAAUUGACAUAGAUAGUCUGUAUGAAGGGCAAGAUUUCCACACAAAGAUCAGGAGGGCCAAGUUCGAGGAGCUCAACGCGGACCUAUUUGACAAAUGCAUACAAUUAGUGAAACGGUGCAUGGAAGACUCCAAGUUGAGCAGACACCAAAUCAACGACAUUGUAUUAGUAGGAGGUUCUUCACGUAUACCCAAGGUCCAGGAAUUAGUAAGUCAAUUGUUUGAAGGCAGGGGGCUCUGUAAAAGUGUAAAUCUAGACGAGGCAGUUGCUUAUGGUGCAGCUUUGCAGGCAGCUGUACUGAACAAAGAAAACAUCAACUUAGUCUUGGUGGACGUCACUCCUUUGAGUCUUGGAAUUUUAAUCAACAAUGGUGUCAUGGACGUAGUAGUUCCCCGCAAUACUCCCAUUCCUACUUUGAAAGUGUCGUUGUUCACCACUAUGUAUGAUAACCAGCCAGGUAUAAAGUUUUCAAUUUAUGAAGGCGAGAGACCUUUGGUUGCACACAACAAUUUGUUGGGCGAAUUUGUUCUCAAUGGGAUUCCACCUGCCCGGUGUGCGGUGCCAGACAUAAGAGUUUGCUUUCAAGUGGAUAUAGAGGGAAUUCUUACAGCCUCUGCCCGGGAUGUGGGAACAGGGAGAAAGAAUCAGAUUACUGUUACAAAUGAGCGUGAGAGAAUGAGCAAGGAGGAGAUAGAUAGAAUGGUGCAUGAUGCAGACAUAUUUCGAAAAGAGGAUGAAGAAACAGCAAAGAAGCUUCUGGCCAAAAACACUCUGGAAUGUUACAUUUGUAACAUGAAAAGUAGGGUGACAGAGGCCAAGAGCAGGGGAACGAUGGAGGUGAGCGUUGCAGAAGAUAUCAAUGGGGCACUAAAUACUGUUGAGGAAUGGUUGGAUGAGACUGACGACGCAACAAUUGAGGAAUUUCAAGCCAAAUUAGACGCAUUGUCAUUGAAAUGUAGGUGCUUAACAUAAAAAGAAAUAUUGUGUGGUUUUACUUA